CCUGGCCACACUAAUUUGCUACUCAUCCACUGCAGCCUGCAAAAAUUGUAGAACAAAUUAAAAACGCAAUAAUAGAAUCGGCACAGCGAAAUUAGUAGAGAGCAGUGCUUGAAAUCCAAACGAAAGCAAUUAACCGUGUUCAACUUAGCUAAUAGGUCGUGAGCGCGGGUGCAAAAGUGAGAACAAGUGAGACACCCCUUUGUGUUUGUUUUUUUCGUUAUAAAUUUUGUUUGUUGCUCGAAGUGGGGAUUUAAUGGUGAAAGGGGGGAAGUCGGGGAAUUUUCCAUAAUAAGCAUCGAGUGGACGGGAAAUUCCGAUCGGUCUGGCGAACAUGUCGCUGAUAUCGUCACUGGUUUUCUACGCUCUUUUGCAGUCAGUCACCUGCUAUACGGUCCUAAUUACGGCCCCCAGUCAGGCACUCAUCGGAUCCUCAAUCAAUGUCUCCGCCCAACUACUUGAUGAUGGAAGACCAGCUGCGAAGGGAUCCUCCUACAAAUUCACCUGGAGCGACAGUGCUGGCCAUAAGAAGGUGAUUGAAACUACCAAUACCACCAGCAAUUGGACCGUGGUCUACACGCAGGACCAACCCUCGACGCAUACCCUUAAAGUCGAGGUGGAAAAGAUCUUCAUUUUUUGGGUCACUAUUGCCAAGGCCCAGCAAGAAAUAAAGCUAGAUAACUUGUUGGGUGGAAGUUUGGAUUUAAUUCAAAACAAUGUAACGCGACCGCAUGAGUUUGUGUCCACGCAGGAGGCGGUGAAUCAUAGUAUAUCGCUAAGCGAGGCGGAUCUGGCGUUUCUGCGAACAAAGGGCUAUUACAUCCGGACGUAUUGGUUUCAAAACUGUACAUAUCUCGGCAUGUCUAGUGCCCUGGACUAUCAGGCCACAUAUCCGAAAGCUGAGCAAUACUAUGACGUUGAGGCUCUAGUAGUGGCCUCGUUGGAGGCACCGCCGGAGCCAACGCCCUCAACCACGACCACAACGACAACAACUACUACCACUACAACUACCACGACAACAACAACGACGACAACAACUCCCGCCACAACAACAUCAACUUCAACAACACCUGCCACAACAACCACCACUCCAAAAACCACAACAGCUUCUACAAGUACGACAUCCACAACGCCAAAGCCGCCAGCUCGUUCCAAACGAGAUUUAAUCCAGGCCAUGCACGCCAAUGCCGCGAUGCUGGGCAUCAAUCUAACCAGCGCUCUGAAACAGCAGAAGAACUCCGAUGGAAACGUGUCUGUGGCACUGGUCAAUCCGCUGGGUGUGCAGAGGCUGUCCAAUUUGACUGUGCUGCCCGGCAGCCAGCCGCCCUUCGAUUGCGUGAGCAAAAAGUUUGUGGCCCAGGAUCCGAAGCAGAUCUACGGCUACUUCCAACACCGCGUUGUGUCCAAGGAUCCCGUCAGCGGUUUCGGUACUACGGGCAAGAAUUGGUUGCAGCACUGGGAGAUGCUUCAGCUCAAUGUCAACUGCAAGGGAUCGCCACCGUUUAAGCUUUGCAGUCUAGUUUAUACGGCGCCCUACAAUUCGACAGGCAAUGAGACAUGCGAUCAUUUUGAGCCACUCGAAAAUUGCUCAUAUGUGUACAAGCGCUACUUCAGCGAAAGCAAGACGAUUUUGUUCUUCAUCCGCAAUGAGGUCUCCCAGACACUCAAUCAGGUCACCAUUAACAUGUAUGAAGCCCAGCGUCAGUCUCAGCUUUCAGUCGUAGUUGUACCUGUAACUUGCACACUCGUGGCCGUAAUUCUGGUAGUUUUUGGAGUGGCCUUUUAUAUUCAGCGUGGCAAUCGCUUUACUGUUGAAGUGGCUGAUUUUAAUUUCGGCGAUACUCAGUCAGUUGACAUGGAGUACAAGACGUUCUCUCAGCGUCUGAUCGAUAGCAUCCGGGAUGCCUGGACGUGGCCGGGUCAGCGUCGUCAUUCGCAGUCCAGCGCAGAUCUCAUGGCGGACGAGCAGCCCAGCCCGGGAUUCGCCGGCAAUGUGGGCGACGUCGAUAGCAACCUGCGCUACAACACAUUCAACUAGGUCCCCGAGGGAUUCCGUUGGAAUAUUGUUACCUAUGCAAAUUAACCAUUUAAAUUUAAUUUCGGCGCUUAAGUUAUGAGAAAACCUGGCCCAAAAUCCCUUCAAAUUUUCUGAAAACGCAAUUGUUCUGUGAAAUUGUAUUGUUUAAACCAAACUUUUGGUUUAAAAUCCAAGGCAAUCACCGUCAAGAGAUCGGACUCGAAAGCGGGAUCAGGUGUGAUAGUUAUUUGUUAUUAUUUGUACGUGCACUCUCAUGUGCUUUAGUCAUUUUCUUGUUGUACACCAGCACCUUGGGAUCACCACCCCAGUUGUACAUGAAUAGAGAUGAUAGAAUCUUUUUUACGUUUCCAUAUACUUUAUCUCUUACACUUACGUUUUCAUUGUAAUCAUCUCUGUCCAUCACCUACGCACACACUUGCUCAUAAAUGGCCAAAUGUCGAGUAAAAAGCAAACAUUUAAAUCGUAAUAUCGGGCGUGCAGCACGGUUCGGGAAGGCAACUGCAAACCCUUACGGAUAUUGUUAAAGACUGUCUUUGUUCCAAAAGCAAAAAGAAAUCUGGUAAAAUUUACACUUAUGCGUAAAGAGCUGUUUGUAGCGAGUUAUAUGCUAACAAAAGUGUAUCUGAUUGUUUCCAUUACAUCGAGAUCAAAAUUCGCUCACAAAGACAAACGCAUCUCACACUGAAAUACACGCGACACAAAUAUUCAUUGUGAUAGAUAUAGAACAAACAGUAUGUAUGUUUAACUAAAACAAAACGUUUAAAGAAAACCAUAUACUUAUAAAGCUAA